GCUCAGCCUACUAUAUCGUCCUCUAGUAGUCCCUAUCUUUCCUUAUGUAGGCCACAGGCUACAUGUUCUGUAUUUUUUCUUUCCCUAUAAUAUGAACUCUAGGAUCACUGUGGAUGCUUUUGUGGGUUCCUAUUUUAUAAUCUCUUAUUUUAUAGCGAAAUAUGCUACGUCACUUCCUACUAGAAGGCGGUCGUUUAUAUGACAGCUGAAUCAACAAUAACAAAAACCGCACGUACAGGUUCACGGCUAAGGUGAGCGCAACACAUUCCAAAACAAUUUACCCAACAGUAGAAUAACGUGUCUUCCUGUUAGAGGUGACCUGCGUGUGCCUCAGCCUCAGCCAUCCUUCCAGCCCCCCACUGGAGAGACACGGGAGCUAAGAGGAAAAAGAGGACUCACCUCUGCAGGUGGCCAGCUAGUAGAAGGGCUCGUGGGACAGCACAAUGGAGCAGCUUGAGGAAGAGGGCCGCACCUUCAUGCAGGUGAUCAGUGAGAAGUACAGUCCAGAGAACUUCCCAUACCGCCGAGGCCCUGGCAUGGGAGUGGUUGUAGUGCCCUCUCCACAAGGAUCACCCAUGAAGGACCGGCUGAACCUCCCCAGUGUGUUGGUGAUGAAUGGCUGUGGGAUGAGUCGUGCUGGAGAUCAGGGGGAGAUUGCUGCCUUCUGUGCCCACGUGAUGGAGCUAGAUCUGUCCAUUAACAAGCUCCGGGACUGGCAUGAGAUCAGUAAGAUCGUGUCCAACAUCCCACACCUACACUUUCUCAACCUUAGCUCGAACCCGCUGAAUGAGGCUGUGCUGGAGCCAAGCUGUGCCGAGGCCUUUUCCCGAGUCCGCCGCCUUGUCCUUAACAACACUCAAGUGUCUUGGGACACAGUGCACAUCCUCACUCGAGAGAUCCCAGAGCUGGAGGAGCUGUUCCUGUGCCUUAAUGAGUACUCCACUGUGUCGCCCUCCACCGUGUCCUGCAUGUCUCUCCGUCUGCUGCACAUCACCGACAACAACCUGCACGACUGGGCCGAGGUGCGCAAGUUUGGGACCAUAUUCCCCGCACUGGACACAUUGAUCAUGGCCAACAACAACCUCAGCUCGAUAGAUGAUGCUGGGGACACACUGCAACGACUCUUCCCAAACUUACGUAGCAUCAAUCUGCACAACGCAGGUUUUCAUCAAUGGGAAGAUAUUGAGAAGCUCAACUUUUUCCCAAAACUUGAAGAAAUAAGGCUACGAGGGAUACCUUUACUACAGAACUACACCAAUACUGAACGCCGAAGCCUCAUGCUUGCACAUUUGCCCACAGUGAACAACCUCAAUGGAAGCGUGGUGACUGACAGUGAGCGAGAGGGCGCCGAGAGGUUCUUCAUCCGUUAUUAUCUGAAACACCCAGCUGAGGACCAGCCGUACAGGUACCACUGCUUGGUGACCAAGUAUGGGAAACUGGAGCCAUUGGCAGAAGUUGACCUGCGGCCUCAAUUUCAUGCCAAUGUAGAGGUUCACUGUGAGGAGAAAGUGGAGCAGGUGAGCAUCCGACUGGACCAGACGGUGGCUGAUCUGAAGAAACGGCUAAAGACAGUGGUGCAUCUCUCCACCAACAACAUGCGCAUCUACUACAUCGACAAGGACAUGCACAGCCCCUUUGGUCCUGAGGAGAUGAAAUACAACACACGGGCCCUCCACUCCUACAGCAUCCGCGACGGCGAUGAGAUUCUAGUGGUGCCCAAGACCAAAAUAAAUCCAACAAACCAGAGCACGGGAACAACUGUUUAAUGUUCCUCCCCCCUCACUCCAUCCACAUAUUAAUCUUGUAAGACCUGUACCCAAGUUAUUCCCACAGACACCAUCUGUCACAUUUGAUGUGGUCCACACUUUCAGGAAGAAAAAACUGCCAUACCUUUGCUUGCUUCAGAGCUUGAAUGGGCAAGCCUGUCAGCUGCUGUCAACUAGUGUCUGAUAGCUGUCUGUGUAGCCCUGCACUGAACAUUAUGACAUGUGAGUGGACUUCUAUAUUUACAAUUUUCCUUUUUCUUCUUUAAUGCUGUGCUUAUUUCUAUCAAAGACAUGCUGUCUAUGGGCUAGAGCACACAGAGCGUAUAGGGACGUCAUAAAAGGCUCCCUGUGCAUUUGGAAACAAUCAUUUAGAGCUUAAACUGUUGGCUGUUGUGGCCUGAACCAUAGACUGUUGAUGUCUUUGUUAUGCUGUUUUUCUUAAUGUUUGAUGUGAAUGCGGAUAUUUAAAUUUGGGGAGCAUUUAUUAAGGAUUGAUUAGAGUAACAUGACAAACAUUGUGCGGCUGCAAUGGUGACAAAAUGGUGUCACAGAUUUAGUCUGAGUUCAGCUUUAUUUUGAGGUGGUAAUGGAUAUUUGUGCUUAAUUCAUUUCACAGCCAAGUAAAGUUGAUGAAUAUGACAUUACAGAGAAUAUCUGUCUUGAAGGAUGAUGUGUUAGGAAUAUUACUAAUAUUUUGGCUUUUCUGAGGGUAGAAAAGUUUUCGCGUGCAUCUUUCUUGACCACCUGAGUUCAGCAGACUGUAACAUUCUGCUUUGAGUAGUUCUGGAAUCACAGCCCUGUUUAAUGGACAGUUAUGGCUUAAUAACUGAAUCAUCCUUUUUCUGUGUGAGACAGAACUGCACUGAUCUCAGCUUUUGUCCACCAAAGAUUUAGUUGUGGUUAUUAUCGAUACUGAUAAUGUUGAUUUAGUGAUUUUGUUGCGGAUGCUUGGCUGUGACAUGAUACUGAUGAUGUUGUUUGCAAUGUAUAAAAGAGCCUCAUCGAUGCUUGGUGCUUUUUUUUUAUUUCAUGGCACUGGUCACAGAGGACUUUGAUCUCUGAUUGUUUCCAGCUUCAUGCCACUGUGCCACAUUAUUUAUUUAUUUUCCCAUUGUUCUGGCAAAAGUGGUCCAAGACUGGGACAUUCAUGGUAUUAUUAACUUGUUCCAUUAGUCCUCCCAAAGUACUUUGCCACAUACAGUAUAUAGGAUAAGGGACUUUACAUAAGCCUAGUGUUAUCACGGACUUGAGAGAUGAAAAUUGUGGGUCAACUCUCUCAGGUGUGUGUCUUACUUAAACCAUCUGCAUAUCCCACUAUGGGAAACAGUCAACUUGAAGAGAAUGAGGUGUAUAGAAUUUCAGGAUUUCAAGCACUGUUCAAUCUUGUCAACAGUUUUCAUUGUGAUAAAUGUCGAAUUAUUUUUCAACAGUGUCAGGUUACCCAGAUGACUGCAUAUGUGUGGUGUAAACAGUAUAGUUCUGUAGAGGUUGUGAAGAAUUCAUAAAUUACCUUUCAUAAUUUAUAACCACUACAUCUUUACAUUAUUGUGUUUCUGAUGUAGAACAACAGGAGUCAAGUUUCAGACAUUUCUUAAAGUGUUAAGGCAAUGUGUACAUAACAGAAACUGUAUUUCUGGCAUAAUUAAUGGUAUAUUAUUGCAUUUAUCACUGUUAGUGACCAAAAAAAAACCUAGGUAUGCAAUUAUACAGAAAUUUCACAAUGUAUUGGUUGGUUUUGUGAUGGGCCACCUAUUUGCUGAAUUUAAAUGAUAUAAGGGAUUUAUACAGGAGCAUUUAGAAACAAUGUACUGUUUUAUAAUAAUAGCUUGCCGAGCACUCACUUAGCUGAAAAAGCAUUUGGGUUUAGAUUUACCAUUUACCAUUACAUUAUACUUGUUAGAAGAUAUGUACUCUGAUGUCAAUUGAGCCAGGUGGUCUUAAUGGCAGCACAGUGUUGUAUGGAUAUGGUCUGUAUGGAUAUCAUAUGGAAAAUAAAUGGUCAAAAAAAUCCUAUAGUAUUGACAAUACAAUAAUCUAACAAACAGGGGGCGGUAUAGCAACCUAAUAUGUAGUAGAGAAGACUAGUGCAAUAGCUUAUGUUACAUUAGCCAUGGAAUUUGUCUGCUUUUUUCUUGAUGUUGCAUCCCAUUGAUCAUGGUUGAGUAUCUUUUGGGACCAAUUUGAUGACUGCUGGCAUGCUUGUUAGUUAACGUACAUGUCUGGGUGGUUUUCAGCUUGCCAUUUUGUGUAAUUGAAUUACUUGAUGGCUUAUGUUAAGACAGCAUUGAUAAUAUUAUUCGGUAACCUUAUGUCUUUGAUUGGUUAUAGUCUCAGGUUUAUUUGUGUUUAUUUGAAAUGAGUAAAAUAUAGGUUUGUGUCUUUGCUGAAUUAUUAUUGUAGCCAUUUCAAAACACAUAUCCUAAACUUGAAAGACACUAUAGCCUACACCCACCAUGACCCUGACAGCGGAUCACAAUGAUUAUAACUUUGGAAAACAGUAUUUUCCUUUAGCGUUACUGGUUGUUUCCAUCCUCACUGUGUAUUUGGGCGGGGUGGUUGGGGUGGUUGGGGGUUUCAAACAUUAAAUUGGUUAAUUCAAUUAUGCAAACAGCCUAAAAAAAAAACAGGACUGUUAACUGGAAAAGCAGUCAAUGUACAUCUAUACUCAUUUCCUGCCUUGAUUAAUCAUGUUGUUUAUCCAGCUGUAUGUAAAAGGUUUAUGCUGAAUAUGUGUGACAAAAAUGUAUGAGUAUGUUUGUGGACUAUUCUAUUUCUAAUUCGCAGAGCAGCUGAAGUGGCUUGAGUGUACAGUAUAGGCCUCAUUUCUCCCAUUAUCCAUAUCCUCUCUCAUCUAUCAAGCAAAAAUGUAAAUAAAGAAUAAAUAGUUUAAGAAUGAAUUAUUUAUAUCUAUCUGACGUUAAUAUUUCAACAGUUCUCACUCAGAUGAUUGCACACUUAAUUAGUUGCAUGUGGCCAUGCCUGCUGGAUGCCAAAUUCAAAUGUUGUCAUUGUAGGCUACUGUGUUCACAAAUAUAUUUAUGACCUCAUACAUUUUCAUAAGAAUCAAUUGACACUGACAAAUUCCAUUAUUAGCGGUCGGGGUCCAACUUAAUGCUGAUUGCCACUGGGCUUCAAUGUAACACUCAUAAUAAAAUGUGCAACAUAA